AUGGCGGCCCCGGAGCUGGUGCCGAGGCGGGGCCGGGAGCGGGAACGGGAGGACGAGAGUGAGGACGAGAGUGAUAUUCUGGAAGAGAGCCCGUGCGGCCGCUGGCAGAAGCGGCGGGAGCAGGUGAAUCAGGGAAACAUGCCGGGGGUCCAGAGCACAUUCCUGGCCAUGGACACUGAGGAGGGGGUGGAGGUGGUGUGGAACGAGCUGCACUUCGCUGACAGGAAGGCCUUCUUGGUCCACGAGGAGAAGAUCCAGACCAUGUUUGAGCAGCUGGCGCUGGUAGACCACCCCAAUAUCGUCAAGCUGCACAAGUACUGGCUGGAUGCCUCAGAGUCCCGAGCGCGGGUCAUCUUCAUCACAGAGUACGUGUCGUCAGGCAGCCUCAAGCAAUUCCUCAAAAAGACCAAGAAGAACCACAAGGCCAUGAAUGCCAGGGCCUGGAAGCGCUGGUGCACACAGAUCCUGUCUGCACUCAGCUUCCUGCACGCCUGCAGCCCCCCCAUCAUCCACGGGAACCUGACCAGCGACACCAUCUUCAUCCAGCACAACGGCCUCAUCAAGAUUGGCUCCGUGUGGCACCGGAUCUUCUCCAACGCACUCCCCGAUGAUCUUCGAAGUCCCAUCCGUGUUGAGCGGGAGGAACCUCGGAACCUGCACUUCUUCCCGCCAGAGUAUGGAGAGGUUGCUGAUGGCACUGCUGUGGACAUCUUCUCCUUUGGGAUGUGUGCACUAGAGAUGGCUGUCCUGGAGAUCCAAGCCAAUGGGGACACCCGGGUCACAGAGGAGGCCAUCACUCGUGCCAGGCACUCGCUGAGUGACCCCAACAUGCGGGAGUUCAUCCUCUCCUGCCUGGCCCGGGACCCUGCCCGCCGGCCCUCUGCCCACAGCCUCCUCUUCCACCGCGUGCUGUUCGAGGUGCACUCACUGAAGCUUUUGGCUGCCCACUGCUUCAUCCAGCACCAGUACCUCAUGCCUGAGAAUGUGGUGGAGGAAAAGACCAAGGCGAUGGACCCGCACGCAGUCCUGGCGGAGAUUCCUCGGCCCCCCCGGCCCCCGCUACAGUGGCGGUACUCAGAAGUCUCCUGCUUAGAGCUCGACAAGUUCCUGGAGGACGUCAGGAAUGGGAUCUACCCGCUGAUGAACUUCGCUGCUGCCCGGCCCCUGGGGCUGCCUCGUGUGCUGGCCCCGACCCCCGAGGAAGCCCCGAAGGCCAAGACCCCGACACCAGAACCUUUUGACUCAGAGACCAGAAAGGUGAUCCAGAUGCAGUGUAACCUGGAGAGGAGCGAGGACCAGGCGCGCUGGCACCUCACUCUGCUCCUGGUGCUGGAGGACCGGCUGCAUCGGCAGCUCACCUACGACCUGCUCCCAACCGACAGUGCCCAAGACCUGGCCGCUGAGCUGGUGCACUAUGGCUUCGUCCACGAGGAUGAUCGGCUGAAGCUGGCUGCCUUCCUGGACAGCAGCUUCCUCAAGUACCGUGGAGCUCAGCCGUGA